AUGUCUGACGAACCUAGUUCUAGCAUCGAAUAUCAUCCCAUCAUUUUAGAUGUCGAUGAACGUUUGAUCGAAGAACUAAUCAUGUCACAUGAUAAUAUUCAAGAAGAGGAAAUCGAGAAAGUUAAAAUAGACAGCAAACUCAAGAACGUACAGAAUAGGCAAAUCGAAACGAUACUAGUGAAGGAGCCAAACAUCUUAAUACUCAACAAGGAACUAUCAGUAAUAGCAACAACUUGGAAAAAUCAAAACAAAACUGAUAAAAUUAGAAUUAAUCAGAAAGUAGAAAAAGAAUCAGUAAGGGAGCCCUCAGAGAGCACCCCUAUGGAAAUUGUUCAAAGGCUAGAAUAUGUGAGAAUAAUGUU